CCGAGUACCAGUUAUGACCUCUCACCCCACGCGGAAAAUAGCGUCUGCUACUGUAAACUGCAAGACGACGUUGUUUGUUAACAAAAACUGGUCAACAAAAACACCCCGAAUAUUACUUUCUCCAGUGAUUAACAUUCCAACCAUCAAGGAAAAUGCCAGGACAAGAAGCACCCAAGUCACAAGGCACCCAGACGGGGGCGAUUCCGUUCACGUUAUGGCUGGAUCCAGCGUAUAUCGAGUACGUGCGAUCGGGUCUGUUGGUGCUGGUUUUCUUAGCGGCGAUGUGGACGCGCAGCAGGCGGACCUGGAUCCUCGUGGACACGGUGGCCGUCUUCGCGUUUGGCCUGGCCUUCAUGUUCAUCCCGGACAAACUUCUUGGCUUCCAGGUGGAAAGUAAAGUCAAGAUAGAGGGCGUCAUGGUGAUGUUGUGCCGAACCUUUGGUUCCUUUAUGAUUGGUUCUGGGUUCUCCUGGUUCUUCCUUCGCAAGUCGACUGACAACUACACACAAGUCAUGCUGUUAGCUACCAGAAUUGUGGGAAAUGCUGCUCUUCUCAUAGCGAUGUACGUGGCCAAAACGCAGGAUAAACUGUUGAAUGACCAAUUUGUGCGGUUUGGAGUCUUGGGCGCUGUCCUGUGGACCCUCGGGAGUGCCCUGCACUUUCUGAUGGCCAAGAACUACGGUGGUCACACCCAGCUGGAUAGCUGGCUGAACCUGCAUCUUAGGAUUGACUUCUUCCUGACGCUGAUGUUCGGUCUGUUCUGGUAUGCUUACCCCCACCUGGUUAUCAAGAUGCAUGCCCCGGGUGCUGGAGUGAAGGUCAAUGGCAUCCAUGUUCUUGUGGAGCAAUCAGUAGGAGCCAUGCUGAUUGGCUCGGCCAUUCUGAGCGCUGUCGCUCCGGGGUUCAUGUUCCACGAAGACAAGAGAAACGUCCUGCUCUGUAGGAUCCUGACCAUCAUCAUGGUUGUCAUAACAGCCCUCUCCUCCGUGGACCAUUCCGACAUUGACAAGAGCGCCAUGCUUGCCCACUUGGUGGGCGUGGCCUGGAUCAUCAAUGCUGGGCUGGGCUACUUUGCCCCCCAUGAAACAGAUGGGUACUGGAGCAGCCGGAAGAGGGCCAACAAGACGGACUAAAGGGGGUGGAAAAGGGGGUAGGAUUUGGGGAGCUUUGUAGUCCAGUCCUUUUCCAAUUCUGUCAAGAAUUCUGAAUAUAAAA